AUGCUUAAUUUCGGUGUUUGCAUGCCUGACACAUGUACUGAAUAUGACGUCACCAGGAUGAUCACUUUUGCCGUUCGUCUCGCCGAAAGCGCACUUGGCAGAGAUGCCGUAUGCGACGUGAAUGUAGAGUGCCGUCCCGAAAAGGAAUCAGCCAUGAGCAGCAACUGGCUUGCCAUGGCAGCUCUAUAUUUUCUGAUCUACACAAUCAUCAUGAUCAUCUUCGGCACUCUGUACGAUCUCUUUAUCUAUCAGAAAGAGAUUGAACUGUUUCCUCCAUCAGAAAGAAACAGCCAUUUAUUCAUCCGUAUAAUUCUUGCAUACUCGGUGUACACAAAUGGUCAAGAGAUUUUGAAAACAACCAAAAAAGAGGGCGAGGUGAACUGCCUUCAUGGAAUUCGUUUUCUUAGCAUGUGCUGGAUUAUUCUUGGCCAUACCUAUUAUUAUAUCGGAAAAAGUUUGAUCAUAGGUAGGUGUCGAUUUUUUAGUUGCAAGGUGAAAUAGUU